AUGAGCAUCAGCAUGGACCUUCUCGGUCUGGACGGUCUGGAGGGGUUUGAUGCCGAAGACGCGCCACCUGUGGUUCCAAUCUCAGCAUCACAGUCCUUGAACGCGUCUGCCGCCUCCCGUGACCCAAUCCCGACGGGUCUGCCGCGUCUGGACAAGAAUUUGAAUGACCUCCCGGAGCAGCCCAAUCAAGGCGGAAUUCUGCGUGGACAUAUUACAGAAGUAUUUGGGCCCCCAGGAACCGGAAAGACCUCGCUGGCGCUGAGCAUCGCCCGCAAUGCACUGCGCGAUGGCAAGGUGGUCUGGAUUGAUACGGACUGCCCCUUACCCAGUCCCCGACUCGAGGAGAUGUCCUUAAACGUCGAUGAUUUCAUCUAUUUUCGGGCUCAUACGCUGGCACAUCUUGUAGCCCUGCUUGCUCGUCCACCGAAAGGCUUUCCACCCCCAGAAACAAAUCUGCUAGUUGUCGACUCGGUGUCGGGUCUAUUCCCGGCUUAUUUCCCCAGCUCGAUAGAGCUCAAGGAUCAGUUCGCCGAGGGCAAGAUAGCCGAUAAAGCACAUCUGCAAUGGCUGCUCAGUCGCAGGUGGAAUAUUGCUAGCGAGUUAGCUACGCACCUAGCCAGACUCGCUGCGAGAAACAUCGCUGUGCUGGCUAUCAAUCAAUCCCACACAAAGCUCCAGGGCGAACCCCAUGCGACUUUGCAGCCGCUUCUAUCGGGAAGCGCGUGGGAGGCCUGCGUGCAGACCCGCAUUGCCGUAUAUCGUGAUCUACCUGAUGAGCGAUGUGCAGACGUUGAGAAGCGCGCGGGUAAACCAUUAACAGAACAAGAGGAGGACCUGAGCAUUGCAUUUUGUGUUGAAUCGGAUGGACUCUAUGAAACCGAGAGAAAGGAGUUCCUAUCAUCUGAUCCUGUGACCCCACCGCCCAAGUCCCCUGACUUUGAGUACUAUGAUCCUCCAACGCCGACUCCCUCGCCUAUAUCCUCUCUAUUGUCCUCGGCGCCACCCACUCCUGAAGUGGAGUCUCCGAAACUACCAUCGCCCAAGCUGGUCCCCCCGGAAAAGCCUCUGCCAACAUCAAAUAGGAAGCGGAAGAUGGACGAGGUGGCUGAUAGCCAGGACGAGGAUGAAGAUUCAGGGGAAGAAGAAACUCCCUGGACAGGCGAGGCAACACUGAACACGAAUCAACGAUGA